AUGCUGCGACGAUGCUAUGGCGGGUUUGACUGCUACCAUGAGCGUGAGACUGACUCUGAGUCGGACAUCUCCAUCUCCUACAGUCAUUCGUCAGGGGCUUCUACGGGCGAGUUGAUAGCAGAAGGACAAGGACAGAGACAUGAAAAUCCUUGCAUCAGUCCUCCUAGCUCUGUUGCUUCUAGUGGCUCUCCGAGUCCUAGUCCCUAUGUGGAUGAUGAUAGUUAUAAUGAAGACGGUUUUGUGGGUUUUCGAUCUGACUCAUCUGAUCGGAGCAGUUAUUGUUCUGUUGGUUCUUCAGAGGACGGUUAUAAAAACUCCUCCUCCGAAGAAGAUGCCAGUCUAUUUGGAUCAGGAAAAAUCCGAGUGGACGAGCUUGAUUACUCUGACAGUCGCUCUACUCCUUCACCAGUUGGAUUUGACGGACUGACUCUAAGUCAAAGAAAGACUGCAAUCAAGGAGGAAGAUCUCCUGAAGACGCCUCGAUGGGAGCCAGUGGCGCAUGCGAUCGACAUUUCUGAGAACGACUUCACAUGUCCCAUCUGCAUGGAUUUCUUCCAAAAUCCAACGGAGUCCGAAUGUUGCCGACAGCUGUUUUGCACUGGUUGCAUCGAGAAACUGUGCAAGAGUGGCUCCAAGUUUAAAUGCCCUUAUUGCAACGCUGACUCUUCCAAAGAAAGAGUGAAUAAUCUUCCUUCUCACAUUAAAUUGCUUAAGCUUGGGAUGAUGGUCAAAUGCACCGCUGAUCAAUGCUCUAAGACCUUCAACUACCAAACACGACUGGAGCACUUGAAAGUCUGCGAAGGUAUCGUCGAGUGCCGAUUCUGCGAUCAAUCGUUCCAGAUAAAGGAAAAUCACAAGAACUCAUGCCUUGGCUACUUGCAGGACAAGUUGCGUAGGAUGGAAGAGGUCCUCGCAAAGAACAAGGAGACACUCAAGAAGAAAGAAGAACAAGUCCGCAACCACGCGCGACAUUACCACUACUGA